AACGAAAACGAAAUUGAGGGAGGAAAAUCUAUAACACGUGUGAAAAGAUGGUCAAUAAUUCAUAAACUAGAUCAACUCACCCUAUAAGUUAAGCAAGGGGAGUUGGAGUUGGAGUUGUGAUUGAAGCUAAUUUGUUUAGUGAGAGAUGGUUUUCUUGUCUAGUAUACUGUUGUGUCUCUGCUUUAUCUCCUGGUUCUUAAUCCAAGCCCUCCAUAGAAGAACCAGAGUUAGACUUCCACCAGGACCAAAGCCAUUUCCAUUGAUUGGAAAUCUGUUUGAGCUUGGAGACAAACCUCAUCUCUCUUUGACCAAGCUUUCACAACACUAUGGCCCCAUAAUGUUUUUGAAACUAGGCUGGAUAACCACUAUUGUAGUUUCUUCAUCAACCAUGGCCAAAGAAAUCCUCCAGACCAAUGACCAACUCUUUUGCAACCGAACAAUCCCAGAUGCGUUGCGAGACAUAGGAGACUACAGCUUGCCUUGGAUACCAGUAUCAACAAGGUGGAGAAAUCUUCGAAAAAUAUGCACCUCCCACCUCUUCAACACCAAAGUACUUGAUGCCAACCAAGAAAACCGGCGAGUGAAAGUGCAAGAGCUCAUAGCUAGUGUCAAUGACAACAUGGUAAAGGGUUUGUCAGUAGAUAUUGGAAAGGCUGCUUUCAAAACUGCACUCAAUUUGCUGUCGAGAACUAUUUUCUCUGUGGAUUUGGCUGAUGACUCGAGUAGUAGUAGUGAGAUGACUAGAGAGUUCAAGAAGAUUGUUAAUGGUAUGUUGGAGGAGGCUGGGAAGCCGAAUUUGGGGGACUAUUUUCCUGUGCUUAAGAAUAUUGAUCCCCAAGGCAUAAGGCGACGCUUUACGAAUUACUACAAAAAGAUGUUAGGCUUGAUUGAAUCAGUGAUCAGUCAAAGGUUGGAAUGUAGAAAAGGGGAUGAUUAUGUGACAAGUAAUGAUAUGUUGGAUACUCUUAUAAACCUCAGUGAAGAGAAAAAUGAGGAGGAUUUGAAGAACUCCGAAGUAGUUGAAAAUUUGUUUGUGGCACUAUUUGCUGCGGGGACAGAUACAACUUCAGCCACAUUGGAAUGGGCAAUGGCGGAGCUACUACACAACCCAGAGAGCCUUUCUAAAGCUCAAGAAGAGCUAGAUCAAAUGGUUGGAAAAGGAAAACCAAUCGAGGAAUCCGACAUUGCUAGACUCCCUUACUUACAAGCAAUAAUCAUGGAAACCUUCCGGUUGCACCCAGUGGCUCCAUUGCUACUGCCACGAAAAGCUGAAACAGAUGUAGAAAUAGGGGGCUACAUUGUCCCGAAGGGUGCACAAGUUCUAGUUAAUGUUUGGGCCAUAGGCCGAGACGCUGGCAUUUGGGACAGUCCAAACUCUUUUAUGCCGGAGAGGUUCGUAGGAUUACCCAACCAAAUUGAUGUUAUGGGAAAAAACUUUGGGCUUAUUCCAUUUGGUGGUGGAAGGAGAAUCUGUCCAGGUUUGCCAUUGGCAAUGAGAAUGUUGUACUUGAUGUUGGGUUCGCUCAUCAACUGCUUCGAUUGGAAGCUUGAAGAUGGGGUUGUACCUGAGACUAUGAACAUGGAAGACAAGUUUGGCCUCACUAUACAAAUGGCUCAGCCUCUCAAAGCUGUUCCCUACUCAUAAUUGGUUUCUACUCGGAAUUUUAAUGGAAUGAUGUAAAAUAACAGUAGGAUGAAUGAAGUAAUUUCUUUAUAUAUUUCCAUGAAAGUUUAGUGAAUUUUCUUUUCUACAAGGAAAAAUAAAAUUUCUGAUUAAUAUA